UUCAAUUUUGGAAAAUUUUUAGUAAUAAAGAUAAAUUCUAAACUAUUUUAAUUCUUUUGCGAGUAAGUGGCUAGAGCCUCUUAAAACAAAACCAUGUUAAGUGUCAUGUGUUACUCUCAAGCAAAUACAAAAAAUAAACAAAUUGUAUGAUCCUUAAAUUAUAAAAUAAAACAUUUAAACAAACUCAAAAUGUUGGGUCGCAAACAAAGCCUUAAAGGCGAGCCUGUGCUCGCUGAUUACGGGCCUGAAGAAUCUUUAAACGAAAGUGCCGAUAUCGAAUGGGUCAACAAGCUAUGGGUACGAAGAAUUUUGAGAUUUUGUGCUCUUCUCAGUUUGAUGUCAGUUUCAUUGAAUACACCAAAAUCCUUUGAGAAAUAUCCUUAUCUUCAAAUUAUAACAUUUGCUGUGGACUGUUGUGUUACACUGCUAUUUACUGCUGAAAUGAUAGCUAAAAUGCAUAUAAGAGGAAUUCUCAAGGGUGAGGUGGCUUAUUUAAAAGACCAUUGGUGCCAAUUUGAUGCUUCCAUGGUAUUUUUACUGUGGGUGUCUGUGCUGUUACAAAUGUUUGAGUUGACUGGUAUUGUGCCAAGAUAUAGCUACCUGAGUAUUUUGAGAGCUCCCAGGCCUUUGAUUAUGAUAAGAUUUUUACGUGUAUUUUUGAAAUUCUCCAUGCCAAAAUCAAGAAUCAACCAAAUUUUCAAGAGAUCAAGUCAACAAAUCUACAAUGUGACACUCUUUUUCUUAUUUUUUAUGUCACUAUACAGUUUACUGGGUGUUCAGUUUUUUGGAGAAUUAACUCACCAUUGUGUUAGAAAUGAUACUGAUCCAAACAAAGUUACAAUAAACUCCUUAGCCAUACCGGACACUUUUUGUUCUCCUGAACCCAAUUCUGGUUACCAAUGUCCUUCUGGAAUGAAAUGUAUGAAGUUGAAUUUGUCCAAAUACAUAAUGGGUUUUAAUGGAUUUGAGGAAUUUGCCACCAGCUUGUUUACUGUAUAUCAAGCUUCUUCUCAAGAGGGUUGGGUGUUCAUUAUGUACAGAGCCAUUGAUUCUUUACCGACCUGGAGAUCAGCUUUAUACUUUAGUACCAUGAUUUUCUUUCUGGCCUGGCUUGUCAAGAAUGUUUUCAUUGCUGUUAUCACUGAAACCUUCAAUGAAAUAAGAGUUCAAUUUCAACAAAUGUGGGGUGUAAGAAAUCCAAUAACUAAAAGCAGCACAACACAGUUCUUCACUGGUGAUGAUAAUGGUUGGAAACUAGUGACCAUUGAUGAGAAUAAACAUUCAGGUAGCGCGCCAGAAAUAUUUCACAAAAUGUUACGUUCUGCAUACUUUCGCCUCCUGGUAAUGGGCGUUGUCCUUGCAAAUGGUAUUAUAACUGCCACUAUGAAUUUUAAGCAUGAUGAUCAUCCACGGGAGAGUUUCUACGAAAAAUAUUAUUACAUUGAGAUUGCUUUUACUAUCUUCCUGGACUUAGAAGCUUUGUUGAAAAUAUGGUGCUUAGGUUGGAAAGGCUACUUCAAACAUUCUGUUCACAAGUUUGAGCUACUACUAGCCAUUGGAACAUCGAUCCACAUCAUACCACAGUUUUAUAUGUCUGGAUUCACAUACUUUCAGGUUUUACGAAUAGUUCGUCUUAUCAAAGCAUCACCAUUGCUAGAAGGUUUCGUUUACAAAAUUUUUGGUCCCGGAAAGAAAUUGGGAAGCCUAAUAAUAUUUACUAUGUGCUUGUUGAUCAUAAGCUCCUCAAUAUCUAUGCAGCUGUUCUGUUUUCUUUGUGAGUUCACAAAGUUUGAGACAUUUCCUGAGGCAUUCAUGUCUAUGUUUCAAAUAUUGACUCAAGAAGCGUGGGUAGAGGUGAUGGACGAGACCAUGGUGCGGACAAGUCAGACCCUCACGCCGCUGGUGGCCAUGUACUUUAUACUGUACCAUCUGUUUGUAACUCUUAUCGUGCUCUCGCUAUUCGUCGCCGUCAUCCUCGAUAACCUGGAACUCGACGAGGAUAUAAAGAAGUUGAAGCAACUACGGUACAGGCAGCAGAGCGCCGAGAUAAAAGAGAGCUUGCCGUUCCGACUGAGAAUAUUCGAGAAGUUUCCGGACAGCCCACAAAUGACUAAACUCCACAAGGUCCCAGGAGACUUCAAUCUGCCGAAGGUACGCGAGUCGUUCAUGCGUCAGUUCGUGUGCGAAGUGGAGGGGGAGGAGGAGGGCGGGGACGCGUCGCGGCGCGCGAUCGAGUACAUCGGCGCCGACAAGAUCGCCUUCCCCUACCGCAAGCGCUGCUUCGUCAACACGCUCACCGUGGCCCCGCCCUCCCAGCGCCCCACCUCCGCGCUCCGGAGACACGUCGUCGCCUCUAUCAUCAAUGACUCGAAUAAUCACCGUCGCCUGGUUCUCGGCGACUCGGCGAUGCUGGCGACGGGCGGCAAGUCUGGUCUCAAGUCACAGGGCACUAUUACCAGCGCGAAGCAACUCCGAGUCGACCAGAAAAAGUUCGGUUCGCGUUCCAUCCGGCGGUCGGUGCGCAGCGGGUCGCUGAAGUUGAAGCAGACGUACGAGCACCUGGUGGAGAACGGCGACAUCAGCGCUGCGUCGCGCCUCGUGCCCGCCGCGCGCGCCCGCCCCCCCUACCUCGACAUACGUCUGCUGCAGGCCAAGAGACAGCAGGCUGAGAUGCGCAGGAACCAGCGCGAGGAGGACCUGCGCGAGAACCACCCGCUGUUCGACACGCCGCUGCUGCUGGUGCCGCGCGAGUCGCGCUUCCGCCGCGUCUGCCGCGCGAUAGUCGACGCGCGGUAUGACGCCCGUCUGCGCGACCCCGUCACCGGCAACGAGCGGAAAGUCCACUAUAAAAGCUUCCGCAACUUCCUUGGCCUAGUUACAUAUCUAGACUGGGUGAUGAUAAUGGCUACUACGCUUUCGUGCUUGUCGAUGAUGUUUGAAACUCCCUCCUACAGAGUCAUGGAAAAUUCUGUUCUUCAGAUAGCGGAGUAUGGAUUUGUGAUAUUUAUGAGUUUAGAGUUAGCUCUGAAAAUAUUAGCAGAUGGAUUGUUUUUCACACCGAAAGCUUAUCUCAAGGAUGCCGCAGCAGUCUUAGAUGUUUUUAUUUAUAUUGUAUCGCUAACAUUUCUGUGGUGGAUGCCGGUGCGCGUGCCGCCGGGCUCGGGCGCGCAGCUGCUGAUGAUCCUGCGGUGCGUGCGGCCGCUGCGCAUCUUCACGCUCGUGCCGCACAUGCGCAAGGUCGUCUACGAGCUGUGUCGCGGCUUCAAGGAGAUAUUGCUGGUAUCGACCCUGCUUAUAUUGCUUAUGUUUGUCUUUGCGAGCUACGGAGUGCAACUGUAUGGCGGGAGGUUGGCGCGCUGCAACGACCCGACGAUAACUCGCCGCGAGGACUGCGUGGGCGUGUUCAUGCGGCGCGUCUUCGUCACCAAAAUGAAGCUGAAGCCCGGACCCAACGAGACCUUCCCGUCCAUGCUCGUGCCCAGGGUCUGGGCAAACCCGAAAAGAUUUAACUUUGACAACAUCGGCGACGCGCUGCUCACACUAUUCGAGGUGCUUUCGUUUAAGGGAUGGCUCGAUGUUAGAGAUGUGCUUAUAAAGGCUUUGGGACCGGUCCACGCGAUAUACAUUCACGUGUACAUAUUCUUGGGGUGCAUGAUCGGGUUGACGCUGUUUGUGGGUGUGGUGAUUGCCAACUACUCGGAGAACAAGGGAACCGCCUUGCUCACUGUCGAUCAGAGGAGAUGGUGCGACCUGAAGAAGAGGUUGAAGAUCGCCCAGCCGCUGCACCUGCCGCCGCGGCCGGACGGGCGCAAGGUGCGCGCGCUGUGCUACGACAUCACGCAGAACCUCACCUUCAAGCGCCUCAUCGCCAUCGUCGUGCUCAUCAACAGCGGCCUGCUCGCCGUCACCUGGUCCCGUCACUCGGCGGACACGUGGCGGCUGGCGCUGACGUCGGCGCUGCUGACGCUGGUGUUCGUGGCGGAGGUGGUGCUGAAGACGAUCGCGUUCACGCCGCGCGGCUACUGGCAGAGUCGCCGCAACCGCUACGACCUGCUAGUCACCGUCGCCGGCUGCAUAUGGGUCUUCAUGCACUUCACGCUGCAGAACGAUCUAUCGUACUUCGUGGGCUUCAUGGUGGUGAUCCUGCGCUUCUUCACGAUAACGGGCAAGCACACGACGCUCAAGAUGCUGAUGCUGACGGUGGGCGUGAGCGUGUGCAAGAGCUUCUUCAUCAUAUUCGGCAUGUUCCUGCUCGUGUUCUUCUACGCGCUCGCCGGCACUAUCGUCUUUGGGAACGUCAAGUAUGGCGAGGGAAUAGGAAGACGGGCGAACUUCAACUCGCCGAUCCACAGCGUGGCGAUGUUAUUCCGGAUAGUGACGGGCGAGGACUGGAACAAGAUAAUGCACGACUGCAUGGUCGCGCCGCCGUACUGCACCCCCGCCGACAACUACUGGGAGACCGACUGCGGCAACUUCACCGCCUCCCUCGCUUACUUCUGCACCUUCUACGUCAUUAUAACGUACAUCGUGCUCAAUCUGCUUGUGGCUAUCAUUAUGGAGAACUUUUCGUUGUUCUACUCGAAUGAAGAGGACGCUUUGCUGUCGUACGCGGACAUCAGGAAUUUCCAAAACACCUGGAAUAUUGUAGAUGUCCACCAGAAAGGCGUUAUCCCAGUGAGAAAGGUGAAGUUCAUCCUGCGUCUGCUGAAGGGUCGGCUGGAGUGCGACACGCACAAGGAGAGGCUGCUGUUCAAGUACAUGUGCUACGAGCUCGAGCGACUCCACAACGGCGAGGACGUCACCUUCCAUGACGUCAUCAACAUGCUGUCGUACCGCACGGUGGACAUCCGCAAGUCGCUGCAGAUGGAGGAGCUGCUGGCGCGCGAGGAGUUCGAGUUCCUCAUAGAGGAGGAAGUCGCCAAGCAGACCAUCCGCACCUGGCUCGAGGGCUGCCUCAAGAAGAUCCGUGCCAACAGCAGCAAACAGCAGACUAGUUUGAUAGCCGGACUGAGGAAGACCAACGAGCAGCCGCUCGACAUCAACAACGAGAAGUUGGACAAGGAGAAACAGGAGGAGACUCAGCAAACCGUGGCGAGCACCGGCCGUACUGAGAUGACAGAAUCUACGUCUCAACCCAUAAUGUCCAGUGUCAUGUCGACUUCGUUGGAAUCUCAGCCCAAAAGACCUUCAACUAAAAAUCAGUUCAAAAGAUCGGGCUUGCCAACGGUAACAAUACCAAGGCCAGAGAGUCCAGUGAAGAAAUAUCUACAACCGACGCUGAGUGACCCGCAUCCAACGCUCAAUAAAAAACCCACAACGAUAGUAAAGAGCUACGUGCGUCCAGCGGGCAGCGGGGGCGGGGCGUGCGCGGCGGCGGGCGUAGCCGGCCUCAGCGACGUGCUCGCGUGGUGGGGCGGCCAGCUCACCGCACACCCUGCACACACCACCACCACGCUCUAGUAGAAGUAAGGAUAUUUAAAAAUGAAUGUAUACUACCGCGGCAAUUGAUCUCAUUAAGUUAGGGUGUAGUUAAACAACGCCUUGCGCACUGGUUACCCCGAAGAAGUGGCUAAAAUAUUAACUUACAAGUCAAACAGCAAAUCGUCUUUCUGUUUUGUGGGUGGGCGUGGGUUUUUAACACUCCAUUAUGAAGGUAGGCAGUCGUCGUCAUCGUCAGUAUAAAAGCUACAGAAUUUAGACCUUAUUAACUAAAUAAGGCUAACUUUAUGUGUACUGUGUAGCUGUGUGCAAGUAGUACACUUGCUGUGACUAUAUCGUUAGCAAAUAUCAAAAAUUUAUUAUCUGUCAAUUUAUUUAACGUCUAUUUAUAAUACUUAUAGUAAAAAUUGUGAUAAUAUCUUUCUGAUCGUAUUAUUCAAAGAGCCUAAGAAAAUUACUAUUAUAGUUGAAUUAAUUCUGUAACAACCUUUUAGAAACAAAUACAAAUAGUAAUAUGCUAAAGCAUAAACAGAGCGCUGUGGCGGAACACCUGUUUAAUAUCUAUAGGUUAAAAAUAUCACCUUGGUUAAUAAUAAAAUAAAAUUAUUGACCUUAAUCUCAACAUAAACCUAAAGUCUAUUUAACCCAACUGUUACAACUAUAGCGAGAUCAAACUGUUACAUAAAUUUGGAUUAUAGUUUUAAUAAUAAUAUAUGUAUUUUAUUGAUUACAAAUUACAAUAUUGCUCUGAAGUGUCAAAU